GUCCUCUCGUCCAAUCAGAUGCCGAGUCUGCUGGGUGGCUUGUGUUUGAAAAUCUUCGCGCUGAGAGCUGCGACUGAAAGACACUAUGCUAUAGAUAGUGAGAUGUUUUACAUUAAAUAGCCAAUUCCGCGCUUCGCUGUGGAUAUAUAUUGUUCCGAGAGUGUUGAGGUGAGCAGGUGGAAGAGCCAACGCCGCUAUGUCGGAAGGAGAGGUGUGCAGCCACGUGAAGGUGGUGGUCCGUGUCCGCCCUUUAAAUGCCAAGGAAACGGAGGGAAGCUUUAAGAAUGUAGUCCGUGUGGUGGAUAACCACAUGCUCGUCUUUGACCCCAAAGAGACGGAGGUAACAUUUUUCCGUGGCCAGAAAUCAGGAAACAGGGAUUUGAGGAAAAGAAUGAAUAAAGACCUGAAGUUUGUGUUCGAUCACGUCUUCGGGGAGGAUUCGACGCAAAACGAAGUGUUCGAAAACACUACGAAGGGAGUAGUCGAUGGAGUCCUGAACGGCUACAACUGCACAGUGUUUGCGUAUGGAGCUACAGGAGCAGGGAAGACUCACACAAUGCUGGGUAGCAGUGAAAACCCGGGUAUAAUGUACCUCACCAUGAAAGAGCUCUUCAGCAGAAUGGACCUCAUUAAGGAGGAGAAAGUCUUUGACAUGGCUUUCUCCUAUCUAGAGGUUUACAACGAGCAGAUUCGGGACCUCCUGGUGAACUCAUCUCCUCUAGCCGUGCGAGAAGACAGUACGAAAGGAGUGGUGGUCCAAGGCCUGACUCUUCACCAGCCCAAAUCCGCUGAGCACAUCCUUGAAGCUCUGGAUUACGGUAACAGAAAUAGAACGCAGCACCCCACUGACGUGAACGCCUCAUCCUCCCGAUCUCAUGCCGUAUUUCAGAUCUACCUGAGGCAGCAGGAUAAGACAGCCUGUCUCAAUCCAAAUGUGCGUGUGGCCAAGAUGAGUCUGAUUGACCUGGCUGGUUCAGAGAGGGCCAGCGCCACCAACGCUAAAGGAGCUCGCCUCCGGGAAGGAGCCAACAUCAACCGCUCUCUCCUCGCCCUGGCCAAUGUCAUCAACACACUCGCUGACCCAAAGAGUAAGAAGACUCACAUCCCUUACAGAGACAGCAAGCUGACGCGGUUGCUAAAGGACUCUCUGGGUGGGAACUGUAGAACCGUGAUGAUCGCAAAUGUUAGCCCGUCAUCGCUAUCAUACGAGGACACGUACAACACACUUAAGUAUGCCAACCGGGCCAAGGAGAUCAAGUCCACACUGAAGAGUAAUGUUGUGAGUGUGGACAGUCAUGUUGGACAGUAUGCAGUCAUAUGUGAGAAACAGAAGGCUGAGAUUAUGCUGCUGAAACAGAAACUGAGAGAGUAUGAGGAGCGGAAGAUGGAAGCUCCUGCCCUUAAUCCAAUCUCCAGCCAGAAAAAAGCUGAAUUUGAGAAAAUGUCCGAGACUCUGCGCAGCGCGUUUGCCGCGCGGCUGUUGCUGCGUAAGGAGCAGUUGGACAUCGAGAAGCAGCUGAAGGAGAACCGGCUGAGGCUCACUCACAGGGAGGAGUGGCACCAGCAGGGCCUGCUAUUCUUCCCAGAUGACAAAGCAGAAAAGGCUACCUGUAAGUACGAGCGGAAGCUGGCUUCUCUGCAGUCUCAUCGGCAGCACCUACAGAGGCGUUUGGAGGAAAGCGGGAGGCGCUUCCAGGAGAACGAAGGUUGGCUCCACCGCCUCGAAAACGAGAUGAAGCUGCUUGGGCACAAUGGACACACUCCAGAGGAGCUUAAAAAGGAGCUGCAAUGCCACAGGCUGAAGCUGCAGGUGGCUGACCUGCAGCAGCACAUCGAACACAUGCGCUAUCUCAUCAGUUUGCAGGACCAGGAGAACAAACACACACACAAACUGGUUCACGCCCUACUUCCUGCCUACCGGCGCCAGCGCCUGGCCCUGAAGGCCACGGGCAUCUCCACAGAUGACACGGAGCAGGACGAGCUGGAGCACCUGGUGCAGAGAGAGAGGGGCGUGGUGUGGGCAGACCAGGAGAUCACGGAAGAGAAGGCUGAACUGGACGAGUGCACUGAGAACACCUCUCUCCAGCCCAUCCUGUCUUUCUCUCACCUCAUCACUCACCAGAACACACCAUGCAGUGCAGAGAAACACACACGCCGAUUCUCUCAGCGGCUCAAACUCUCUAGCUCACCCAAAGUCCCUACCCCUGGAGAGGAGCAUGCAUCUGAAACUGUGCCUAAAAUGCCAAUCAGGAGGAAGCUCGCCAUUUCUCCUGUGAAGCCUGGCUCAGGAUGUGAAGGUGCAGCGCCAUCUCAUUGUCCUCCAGGCCUGCAGCAGGUGCUGCAUCAAGAGGGCAUGUACCCACUGGCUUACACGCCCGAAACCCAGGCCUCCAAUGCACCAGUCUCCAUCCACCCUGAUUCCACUUUCGACGUGGUCGGAGAUGAACAGGGGGAGGAGACGUCUCAGGUUAACAGCACAAUAAUCCUGUCUCCCAAAUCAGCCGAGCCUCCUGGAGGUUCAGGCCUGAGCCAACUCCGUGUCCUGCGCGCCAAUAAUGCCAACGAGGCCCCUAAAAGGUUGGAGAUUCCGUCUCUUCUUGACCUGCGGAGAUCCAAACCAUCCUACAUGGCCAUGACAUCAGCAGCACAGGGCAAACGCAAGCUCAACUGCACUGGAAAGGAGAUAGGCCCAGAUGCUACCCAGGGUGCUGCAGCUCCCAAACGUAUAAAGCGUGAUCCCUCUGAUAGCACAAAACCACUCCGUGUGCGACGCUUUGGAGCAUCAUCUGAGAACGAGCCAAGCAGGAGAGUGGUGCGCAGCAUAUCAGAGGGAAAUCUCCAUCAGCUCGGUCAUCGUAAGCCCAAGUCAGCCUUUCUGGGCCCUGCUGCCCUGUUCAAGAAAGUCACCAAGAGGAUGUGAAACCUCUCCAGCAUAACCACUUAAACACACACAUCAUCUAAAAGCCUCAUGCACUGAUCGCUCUCUCUCUCUAACUUACACACUCACACACACACACACACACACACACACAUACGCGUCUGGCUUAUGGACAUUGUGAGGAGAUGUGAAGAGAAGAGACGUCCUAAAGGUUUAAACCGGACUGUGUUGAUGUAGUGAAUGUUUUUUAAAUGUACAGCUUUUUAACUAUAUUAAAAUAACUUUGUACAAAGAAUGUUUCAUCCUAGUGUCGAGUGAAAAAUAAAUGUAAUGAUUUUUGUUCUUAGUUCCUGGUACUUAGUUGUUUUCCAGCUAAAGAAAUCUUUUUAAACCUUUAAACCAUUUAAACGUCCUGUAAAGCAAGAAAUUGUAAUAAAAAGCUCUGGACCCUUUUGCUACA